AAUCCAGCUCUCGGUGUUGUUUUGUCGAUUGCGCCUAGAUGCGCUUCUCCCUUACAACAUGAAAGUGAAACACACAAAAAAAACUCUAGAAACUACCCAUAAACCCUUUCCCUGAAGCUGCUUAGCACCACCAUGUCAGUUUGAAGAAGUAAAGCUCCCACUCCCUGUAACCUUUGUUUCUUAUCAGUUCACCCUCUUCCGCUAACUAACACUGCUGUUGAUUCUGGCCCAGCCUGUAUAGCCUCAAUACCAGUAAUGAAGUGAAUAUAUUCCCAUGAUAUAAACAUCAGGAUCAUCUCAUAUUCAAGCAAGAAAAACAAACUAUAAUGAAGGGAACAUGUAUUUCUCUUCUCAAAAGUUGCAAAUCCAUGUGCGAGUUGAAGCAAAUUCAGGCCCUCAUAUUCUGUUCAGGCCUGCAACAAGACAGGGACACCCUCAACAAGCUCAUGGCCAUUUCUACGGACUCCUCCAUUGGAGACUUUCACUAUGCACUUAGAAUCUUCGACCAUAUCCAACAGCCAUCUUUAUUCAACUACAAUGUCAUGAUCAAAGCCUUUGCAAAAAAGGGUAGUUUCAGAAGAGCCAUUUCUCUGUUCCAGCAACUGAGGGAAGAUGGGGUGUGGCCUGAUAAUUACACCUACCCUUAUGUCUUGAAGGCCAUUGGCUGCCUGGGAGAUGUUGGUCAAGGGAGGAAGGUUCAUGCUUUUGUGAUCAAGAGUGGCCUUGAGUUUGAUGCUUAUGUUUGCAACUCGCUGAUGGACAUGUAUGCUGAAUUGGGGCGACUUAGUGACUUCAAAGAGCUGUUUGAGGAAACUCCUGACAGGGAUAAUGUUUCUUGGAACAUCAUGAUUUCGGGUUGUGUCAGGUGCAAGAGGUUCCAGGAGGCUAUUGAAUUUUUUCAGCGGAUGAGAAUGGAAAGCAAGGAGAAGCCCAAUGAAGCUACUGUUGUGAGCACCUUAACGGCAUGUGCAGCGUUGAGGAAUGCGGAGGUUGGCAAGGAAAUUCACAGUUACAUUGCAGAGGAACUGAAUCUUACAACCAUAAUGGGGAAUGCUUUGUUGGAUAUGUAUUGCAAGUGUGGGUUAGUGAGCAUUGCCCGGGAAAUUUUUGAUGGGAUGAUCAUGAAGAACGUGAAUUGUUGGACUAGUAUGGUAACGGGGUAUGUGAAUUGUGGUCAGUUGGAUCUAGCUAGAGAUUUGUUUGAGAAGAGUCCAACAAGGGAUGUAGUUCUUUGGACAGCUAUGAUUAAUGGGUAUGUGCAGUUUAAUCGUUUUGAUGAGGCAAUUGCACUAUUUGGCGACAUGCAAGUCAGAGGAGUGAAGCCUGAUAAGUUCAUUGUGGUUGCUCUCCUUACAGGUUGUGCUCAAUCAGGAGCUCUGGAGCAUGGCAGGUGGAUUCAUGAUUACGUAAUUGAAAACAGAAUCAUGGUGGAUACUGUGGUUGGUACUGCCCUUAUUGAAAUGUAUGCUAAAAGUGGAUGUGUAGAGAAAUCUUUGGAGGUUUUUAAUGGAUUAAAAGAAAAGGAUACUGCCUCGUGGACCUCGAUUAUUUGUGGACUCGCCAUGAAUGGUAAGACAAACAAAGCACUAGAGUUGUUUGAAGCAAUGGAAACAUUGGGGGCAAAACCUGAUGAUGUUACCUUCAUUACUGUUUUGAGUGCAUGUAGUCAUGCAGGUUUAGUAGAAGAAGGCCGCAAGCUAUUUCAUUCCAUGUCAAGUAAAUAUCAUAUUAAGCCAAAUUUAGAACACUAUGGGUGUUUCAUUGACCUUCUUGGUCGAGCUGGACUGUUACAUGAGGCAGAGGAGUUGGUAAUGAAGUUACCAGAUCAAACUGAUGAGAUAAUAGUUCCACUUUAUGGAGCUCUUCUAAGUGCCUGCAGAACUUAUGGCAAUAUUGAUAUGGGUGAAAGGCUUGCUACAACACUCGCAAAAGUUAAAUCUAGUGAUUCAAGUGUUCAUUCACUUCUUGCUAGUAUUUAUGCUUCAGCUGACAGAUGGGAAGAUGUGAACAAGGUGAGAAGUAAGAUGAAAGAUUUGGGUAUCAAAAAGGUUCCGGGAUAUAGCUCCAUUGAUUUGGAAGGUUAUGGUAAUAGUGGUGGAGUGGGGGCCUUUUCCCAUUCUCUGACCAAGUUUGGUUUGCAACAUGGAAUGGGGUAAUCAGCAAUUUAUGUGUAAUCUUUCAAAAUCCUAAUCAUUGAUUUUUGGACUGGUGAACUUUAAGUUCAGUUAAGAAGGUUCGCAUUUAAUAUUUUAUUUGGGUCAUAAAACUCUACAAUUGCUUAAACUUCGCGUGCAAUCCCUUAAUCACAGGAAGUUGGGUGGAUGGAGAACUCAAAUAAAGCCUAAUGUCCUAACAGGAACUGAUAUUAUUGGUGAAAGUGCCAAAUUUGAACAUCGCCUUGUUUUGAUUCAUAUUUCACUCUUCUUUCUGGGACAAACUUUAUCUCCAAAUGUAAGCUCAAGACUCAGCAAAGUAUCCUUGGUGCCUCUUUGGCGAUAUCACAUAUGAAUUCUGGUGUCUUUCACUCUGAUUCGGAAUUUCAGACUGUUUCAUAAGCGUGUCAGGAUAGAGUUCCUAUAAAUAUUAUAAGGUCAAGGUCAGCUUUGGAAGAAGUGAAUGCCCAACAAAGGAGGGAAAUUUGAGAAACUUAGAAGCAUCUUUACAAUGAAUAACUCAUUGAUUGUCUCUAGUCUUAACUUUUUGGUGAUCUCAGAGAAUGGUUCUGUAUCGGGCAGGUCUGCACAUUUGUUCUUGCUAGGCAUGCCAACUUUGAAUAAACUCCAUGUUUAAUACUCAAGAGAAGAGGGUGAAAAUGACUGACAAUGCAAGAUUAGUAUCAGAGAGCUCCAGAAAAGUAACAUAUUGCAGCAGUUUGGUGGCCCCCUUCAACUAUUGGAUAUUGGGUCACUGAGUUAGAAUCGUUGCAACAAAUGUACAGAUGGUGGAGUUGCUGAUGAAGCUGGGCUUCAUAUCAUAUUAAAUGCAUUGCUUAUACCUUAUAUAAUUUCAUCAGAAGCUCUGAAGGUUAUCAUUGAUUCCCUCUUUAGAUGUGCUUAGCUCCCUCUGUGGUGGGUAUACACCUAGAAUACGCCAACGAAUUUGAUUCAUAGAAGUUGAAUUCUUCUAUCAUACCUUGCAAAUUUUUGUCAGGUUCCUAUAGGGCCUUAGAUUAACUCAGCGUUAGAGUGAUUUUUAUAGCAAAUCACAUUUGAAA